CGCAUCGGACCAAAAUGAGAAUAUCUAUUUUCUCCAGGGCAUAAAUUGGCUGGGACAGACACGGGUCCUCACAUUAGGUCGUCCAGCAGAGAGGAACCAUCAUGCCACCGAAGGCAGCAGCAAAGGCAGCUGCCAAGAAAGCCGAACCGGAGCCUCCGAAGGAAGAACCCAAGGCCGCUCCUCCGCCCAAACGCGAGGCCCCCAAGUUGGACGAGGGCGUCUUGGAGGACUUCAAGGACUGGUACACGUUGUUCGAUGAGGUCGGAGAUGGAAAGAUCUACGGGCGGCAGAUCGGCGACGUGCUCCGGUCGUUCGGAGAGAACCCCACCGUGAGCCUGUGUGAACAGUUCAUCAAGGAGAUCGGAGACGACAAGCGGAUAGAUUUCGACACGUUCCUGCCGUACCUUGGAGAGGCCAUGAAGUUCCGGGACCCGUUCGACAACUACGAGGCGUUCCAGGAGUGUCUGAAGUGUUACGACAAGGACGGGAUCGGAGUCAUCGACAGCGCCGCCUUCAGACACGGACUCUCAUAUCUAGGAGAGAAACUGAAGGAUGAGGAGAUUGAAGAACUGAUGGGCGGACUGGAGGAUGGGGACGGCAGGAUCAACAUCGAAGAGUUCUGUACCUUCUUGUUGAAGGAAGGGAAGGAUACAGCAGAAGAGCCAAAAGAGGAAAAGAAAUAGACCAGUACCAGGCAUCGCAUCCCACUAUGUUUAUACUCUGCAAAUAUCUAGUUUUCUAGACACCUGCUUCCGAUAAAGAAAACGUAAUGCCGAAUUUCGAAUACAAAAUGGAUAUUUCGUACGACAUUAUUGACUUCUCCACUGUUUACGACGCUGCUUUGUUCUUGUAGAUCUAAAGUUGAGAUUUUAAACAAUGUCUUCAGUAUGAUUGUUUGAUAUAAAUCAAGGAGGAAGUAGAUAAGACACAUGACGCAGGUCUUCAGAGUAAAACCGUCUGUCUUUCGUCUGUCUGGGGGCGAGGUGGGGGGACCUCCGAUCCCAUCUUAUAUUUCUCUUUCUUUCUCUUUCCUUUUUUCUCCGAAAAAAAUAAGAAAAAAUACGGACCAAACCCAGUACUUUAAUUGGUAAGGGAAGGUAAGGAGUUCGUCUGUCUGAUGAAGGAGCUAGUGGGCCCGGCAGGAGAGAGUGGGCUGUGAAACUUUACCCUGCUGACCGAGCUACGUUUUACCUGAAACUGUCGUCUGUUUGUCAGUCUACUUUCCUCUUGUGAAAAAUGAUCGAAGUGUUCAAAGACUCAUUUUUUCUGAGAACUAUCUUUGAGUGGAACUCGCAGUACAGUAGAAGAAUCCUUACUAUAUAGCUUUAAACAACGCUUGUAUUUAGAUGUAUAAAGGUUUGAUAUGAAGAGUAGUUCAGUGUAAUAUAACCAGCUGCUGCUGGGCCGAGUGCCUGCGAAGCUGGUGUGUUAUGCCAAAGAGCGGUUAUAUCGUCUAUACAGAUAUGGAAGCUGGUGUGUUACACCAAAGGAAGGUUUUACCGGCUAUACAGAUACAAAACCUUGUGUAUUACAUCGAACAGUGGUUAUACCAAUAACAUGACAAAUCAUACUACACACGGGAGCCGGCUUCAGGGUUUUAUCAUGUAAAAGUACGCAAAAUGGUAGUACAAUGUACAAAUGGUAUGAACUGCUGAAUACAACAUUAAAGUUGAGUGAACAAAGUUA